CACCGGAUGGGUUGUUGUAGAAGAUAUUCGCAGUUAAUAAAAUAUAACGUUUAAUGUAAAGGGUAAAUUAAAACAAAUAUUAUAUAUAACAUGGAUAUAAAGGACUCUUUACAACAGUUUGAAGCCACUGCCCAUGACUACGAAGGAGAUGAUCCUCUUGAUGUAUGGGAUAGGUUUGUGCUAUGGGUGGAGGAGACUCUUCAGCCCCAUGACGAGAACAAUAUUUCAGUCGUUUUGGAGAGGCUUGUGCGGAAGUUUAUGCAUGAAAAACGGUAUUAUAAUGACGCAAGAUAUGUCAACUACUGCAUAAAAUAUGCAAGUUUUUAUAGUGAUCCAAUUGCUGUGUACAGCGACCUCCACGCUCAAGGCAUUGGAACCAGGGCAGCUGCCCUUUACCUGAUCUGGGCGCAACAGUUUGAAGUACAGGGAAUGCUGCAGCAGGCAGAUGCUGUCUUUCAAAGGGCAGUUGAGAAUCAAGCCGAACCAGCUGACCGGGUGCUUCAUGAGUACAGGCUAUUCCAAGAAAGAGUGUCUUGCAAUCUGUUAAUGACACAAGGCAGCACACAGCCUCUACAGAACUCGCAACGUGUGAAUCAAAUGAAACCAUCUGGAACUGCUGAUCUUCACCACCAGUGCAAGGAUUCAAAGCCUUUGGAAUAUCAGAAUAUGUAUGAGAGUCAGACCCAGUUUCCUUCAUCUGACGUAACACAGCAUCUAAUCUCUAAGGCUGAAAUUGGGCCUCCACAUAAGCAGACUGUUGCACAAGCUUCACAAGGAGGGGCUGAGCCAGUUCCAAUGUACUGCAAAAAUGAACUUGUCUCUUCAGAGUCUGAGUUGUGCUUUGAAGAAUUAAGAGCACAGCGGUACUUCAAGAAAUGUGCACAGAAGAGAGAGAUGCAGAAAUGGGAGGAACACCAAGCACGCUUAAGGAAGAAAGCUGAAGAAGAUUUGGAGGCACAGAUGUUACAGAAGCAGCUGGAGGAGUUGGACAGUCGGCUCAAAUCAUUUCAGAGUAAUAGCCAGCUAAAGGAGCAGGAUGCUGCUGUUAUGGGACGUUCCUCUUUUGUAAAACAGACAGCUGGGCCAAUCGAGAGAGACCCACAACAAAUGUCCAUGGAACCAUCUGUUGCAGAUGAAAACUUACUGUUUACUAACAGUCAUGUGUUGCCCUUGAACCAUAGCAUUGUGUUGCAGUCCGAGCAGGAGUUGGGGGAAGUACCAAGAAGAUCCUCUCUCUCUUUAGUGGCAACUUCAGCUCCAGACAACUCCUAUCAUUUUACCCCUGCUGAAAAUCAAAGCCAUGACAGUACUGCUUUUCCGUUGUGCCUGCCAGUACUUGGGGAGCAGAGCAAAAAUGACAGUUUUGUAUCUCAGCAAGAGCUGGGGACAGUGCUGAGAAGAGCUGAAGUAUACACACCACACAGCUCAUUUCAUGUACCAACAAUGGAAUUCCAGAACCACGACACCACUGGCUUUCCAUCUUGUGAGCCAAUUCCUGGAGCUGCAGAAUCGGCAACCUACAGCUCCUUCCAUGCACCACCACCAGAAACCCGUAUCCAUAGCAGUAUGCUGUUUCCUUCGUGUCAGCCAGUACCUGGUGCAGAGAGUAAAGCUGACUAUGCAAUCCAAGAUCAAGACACUCAUACUUGCAUGAAUACAGUGAAUGAAGCAAAGCAUGACCCCUUCACUGCCAGUUUUCAUCAGGCCAGCUUUAUAGAACAGUCUGAAAAGUCCAAUGAUCCAAAAGCACAGGUGAUGGCAGGAAUUGGAGAAGCAUCUCACAUGGGCAGUACUCCAGGGCGCAGUGCUAACCGCUCUCAUGCUACUCCAAACACGUCACUGGGACUGGUUCCGGCUACGCCAUCCAAAGCGCAGCCUUCCCCCACUGUCAACACAAAAGAGGCUCUGGGUUUUAUCAUGGAUGUGUUCAUGUCAACAGCACUACCACAGAAAAGAAACAUGCAUGAAAACAGCCUGUUGGUGGACCACAGUUUUGAAGCCUUUUGCAGAAAUACAAGUGACUGUCAGCCCCUUGGUACUUUGGAUGCUGUUAACAUUGCACCUGCGGCAGCUCCCUUUGUUAUAUUCCAGGAUGAAAAUGAGAACAAGGAAAAUGACUGCGCAUUCAAGAUGGAGAACAAUACCCGGCCACACAAGGUUUUUGGGGAACGGCCUGUACCAAAACUACACAUCCCAAAACCUAAUGAGGCAAAUCCAGGAGCAGAGUCGAUAAUAGAUGAGACUACAAUCUGGGCAGCACGAUGCAAUAAAACCCUGGCACCCAGUCCCAACAGCACUGGGGACUUUGCUUAUUCUGCGCACAUGGUAUCAACACCAUUUAACGCAAAUGGUGGCCACACAACAUUUGAUCCAUCCGAAGAGCAGUUCACCCAGUUGGCAAAAACAAGGAAACUAAGUCCGAUUCAAGAGCAAAGCCCAGACAGCAGAAAGCAUUUACUUGCCCAAGCUCCUGGUCGCAUUUUAAAGCAGGCAGAUUGUUUUGAUGACACGGCCAUUGCUGAGAAGUUGAACCUGACUCAGCACUGCCUGGCAUCCUGCAGCCUCACUGAUCACGGGGAGCUGGGUAUUCAGCCUCCACAUGCAGAGGGGGCAAGGGCUGAGAAAGAGCAGUCGUUUAAUAUACUGGCAGAGACAGACCAGUCGAUGAGUGAGCCACCACCCACAGCAGGUGUGGUCGUGGCUGACCCCUGGAAUGACAGUCUGCUUGCCCGCCUGCUCUCUGCUCUACACAGACCACUGAGCUCUUACCCAAAUUGUUUCACAUGGGAAACCAAGGUUCCAGAAAUCCGCCCAAAGGCUUCUGUUACACUAGGUAACCAAUAUUUCCACGUUGAUUGUAUGUUAGGAGAAGGAGCCUUUGCCACUGUCUAUCAAGCUUCUGUCGUUGACAUGAACAACAGCCAAAGGCUAGUCUUAAAGGUCCAGAAACCAGCAAAUCCUUGGGAAUUCUACAUUUCAUGCCAGUUAAACGAACGACUUCCUCCUGGCGUUCGGCAUCUUUUCAUAAACUUCCACAAAGCCCACAUCUUCCAGAAUGGAAGUGUUUUAGUUGGAGAACUUCACAACUAUGGGACUUUGCUGAAUGCAACAAACCUGUACAGACACCUGAGCGAGAAGGUGAUGCCCCAGCCUCUGGUGAUAUAUUUUGCAAUAUGCAUCUUGCAUAUGGUAGAGCAACUUCACAGCAUUGGUAUAAUUCAUGCAGACAUCAAACCAGACAACUUUAUACUGGGAGACAGAUUUCUGGAAAAUGACUCAUUCGACCUGGAGAAUUUAGAUCAUGGUUUGUCGUUGAUUGAUUUGGGACAGAGUAUUGAUAUGACCUUGUUCCCUGAAGGAACCUCCUUCACAGCAAAAGUGGAAACGUCCGGAUUCCAAUGCAUUGAAAUGGUAACUGGCAGGCAAUGGAAUUACCAGACAGAUUAUUUUGGGAUUGCUGGCACAGUUUACUGCUUGCUCUUUGGGUCUUACAUGAAAGUAAAACACGACAACGGUGUUUGGAAGACUACAGCUGUAUUUAAAAGGAAUCCUCAUAUUGAAAUGUGGACCAAAUUUUUUCACACUUUGCUGAACAUUCCAGACUGCAAUAGUUUGCCGUCUCUAAGGAACCUCCGUGAAAAUCUGACAGCUGUGUUUAAUCAGAAUUAUAGCAACAAGAUAAAAAGCUUGCGUAACAGACUGGUCGUGCUGCUGCUGGAGAACAAACGUGCACGCAAAUAAAUCUUCCACAAGUGAAAGCUGGGGCUUCUUGCUGUUAUGAUUUGACUACUGUUUUAAAAUAUUUGAUUGAAGGGUUUGUUUUUUGUUAAAAAAAAAAUAAUAAUAAUA